AUGUCCCAGACACUAGGAUUGACUCGACUUGCAUACUCGCGGACAUGGCAUCAAAUAUCGGCAUCAACGCCUCACCCCGGACUUUCUACGGCUAAGCCUACGGAGUUGGCAGUUACACCUCCGUCCCUAGGCCGGCUGGCUUCCCGCAUUGCCACCCUGCUCAUGGGCAAGCAUAAGCCGAUAUGGGACCCAUCAACAGACUGCGGUGAUUAUGUCGUAGUCACCAAUUGCGCCGCCUUAUACACUACGGGCAACAAGAAGUGGCGCAAGACUUAUCAUCGCCAUAAUACACGACCUGGCUCUCUUCGCAGCGUUACAAUGGACGUGCUAAUGGACAAAUUCGGUGGCGCUGAGGUUCUCCGGAAAGCAGUCAGCGGCAUGCUACCGAAGAACCGUUUGCGGGACAAGCGGCUAACACGCCUCAAGGCAUUUGAAGGUGAUGCGCAUCCUUACAAGAUGAAUAUAGUUCGGUUCGGUGGGCAAGCUGUCGGGGCCGAAAAUUGGAACGCGGCUGUGCAAGCAAUACGGGAAGCAGAUAAAUCUAGGAUAUGA